AUGAUCCCUAACCCCUCAGUAACUUUCAGCUGCUCCGCUCUCCCCUCGGUGGAUCGGGAGAAGGGCGUCUGGUGUCCUCACUGUAAAAGCGCAGUUCCCCACUUCACCACCGCGGCGGAGCUCUUCAAAGAGGACCGCAAGAUUGCGUACGCGGCUGUGGACUGCACCAAAGGACAGAACCAUGAGCUGUGUAAGCAGGAGGGGGUGGAGGGCUACCCCACCUUCAACUACUACAACUACGGCAAGUUCAACGAGCGCUACAACGGGGACCGAGGGGAGUCGGGCUUCAUCGGCUUCAUGCGCAGCCUCCGCGGUCGCGACCAGGAGAAGGUCGGCAAGAGGAAGGACGAGCUCUGA